AUGAAACGAGCACCACAGAUGCUCCAACUUUUUCACAAGGGAGAUAGGGUGGAAGUCCUCAAAAGAGAUUACUCCUACAACAAAGAUGGAGUUUUCGUUUGGUUUCCAGGAAUAGUGCUCCAGCCAUCCUCCACCAGGUGCACCAACCGACCGAAGAACCACAUCUAUGUGGAGUUCAAGACCCUUAGAACAAUAGCCAUUGCAGUCCAAGAUGAGGAUAAGGAUGAUGAUGAUGAUCAUAACCGGACCCCUCUGCUGAGAGAAUUCGUGGACCUUGGUGAUGUUAGGCCGGCGCCACCCAAGGAGUUGCAUAGGUUCUUUAGAAUUGGAGAAUUCGUGGAGGCCCUUGUGGGGAUAGAAAUAGCAAGGGUUGGAGGAAAGUCAAGAGGGAAAAGUGCCAUUGUGGAGGAAGUAGAGCAGUGGGGACUUAGGGUUGUUAGGGAUUGGGAUGACGGGUUUUGGGUACCAUCCCUUGAGCUUCAGAAACCCUCACCCGAUUCAGAUACCCUUUCGCAAAGUGUCAAGUUGAGGAUGAAGUACCACCAAAAGUCAUCUUACCCAAAGUUUCACAAGUGGAUGUCAGUGGAGGUCAAAAGUGAUGAAGAAGGUUUCCAGGGAUCAUGGUAUGAAGCAACUAUGCUUGGAUCUUUGGGAAAUGCCAAGCUCCUGGUGGAAUACCUAACACUCAUGAUAGAGGAUGAGACUCAAUUUUUCAAAGAAGAGGCUGUGGAUGCUUGGAAUAAUGAUGGUUGGUGGGUGGGUCAUAUAUCCAAAGUUAAAGAUGGCUUCAAGUACAAGGUUUUUUUCGAGAAUACAAAUGAGGAAAUUGAUUUUGAACAUGUCCAAUUGAGGCCUCAUCAGGAUUGGAUCAAGGACAAAUGGGUUGCAGCUCCUAAUGUGGUUGAUUUACAGAGGAGUUCAGCUAAAAUGGGGAUAAAGCCUAGAGACUUGAAGCUCAAGAUAAAAUGUAGUAGAAAUAUAGAAGAGGAGAAGUUCAACAAGGGGAUGAUGGUGGAGGUCAAGAGUGAUGAACAAGGAUACCAUGGUUCUUGGUAUACUACAGCCAUUGCCUACCCCAUUGCAGAUGACAGGUUUUUGGUUGAAUAUCAAACAUUGAGAACAGAUGAUGAAUCUGAACCCCUUUUAGAUGUGGCUAAAAGUUCUUACAUCAGGCCUUGUCCACCUCAUAUUCAAAAGCUUGACAGUUAUAAAUUGCUUGAAAAAGUUGAUGCAUGGUAUAAUGAUGGAUGGUGGGUUGGCCUUGUUAGCAAAGUUCUUAGAAACUUAAAGUAUGUAGUUUAUUUCUGGACCUCAAAUGAGGAAAUCAAAUUUGGUCAUUAUGAUUUGCGGCCUCAUCAAGAAUGGACUGGGGAAAAAUGGAUCACAGCUUUCAGGAUGCUGAAGAAGUCCAAGUUACUAAAAUCCAAGCUUGGAAAGUUGAGGGGACAAAUUGGUGGAGUGGAAUUGGCUCCGCGUUUUUGCAAUGGGAUGAAGGUAGAGUUUAAAAGAGAUGAAGUAGAGUACAUGGGUUCUUGGUAUCCUGCAGCUAUUGUUAAACCCAUAGGAAAUGGAAAGUAUUUAGUGGAAUAUCAAACUCUGAAGACUGAUGAUGAAAUUGAACGUCUCAAAGAAGAAGCUGAUGCUUUAUGCAUAAGGCCAUGCCCCCCAAUUGUCUAG